AUGACGCCUCAGGAGCUCGGAAGAGAGAAGGGUCAGACCAAUCCCGAGCCAGACGUUGACCCUGAGGAGCCUGAGGAGGUCACGGAGGCCGUUUGUCUGGAGUCAGAGCUCCAGGAUGGACAGAUGAUGGAGGUAGAGGUUGGACACCAUAAUGUCCUGUUGGCACGCUGUGACGGGGUUUACCAUGCCGUUGGGAAUCAGUGCACCCACUAUGGUGCCGCACUUAGCAAAGGUGUACUGAUAGGCCAUAGGGUCCGCUGCCCAUGGCAUGGGUCCUGCUUCGACCUCCAGACAGGUGAUGUGGAGGAGUUUCCUGCAAUGGACUGCUUGCCCAAUCACAAGGUGAAGGUUGAGAAUAGUAAAGUAUAUGUGUCGAUCAACAAAAAGUUUCUGAAACAGAACAAACGUUUAAAGGAGAUGUCUGGCAGAGUUCAAGGGACCUUCCACACCAUCAUGUUACUAGGGGGAGGGUCAGCCUCUUUGGUUUGUGCUGAAACAUUGCGACAAGAGAACUAUGGCGGUCGCAUCAUCAUGGUGACAAGAGAUGACCUCCUGCCGUAUGACAAAACCCGACUCAGCAAGGUCAUGAAUGUGGAAAGUGACAGUAUCCUGUUGAGAAGAAUGGAGUUUUUCCAUCAGUAUGACAUAGAAGUGUGGCUCAGGAAAGAGGCUCUGUCAGUAAACACUGACAAGAAAACAGUGACAUUCAAUGACGGUAUUACUCAGUGUUACGACCAGCUCCUAAUUGCAACAGGCUGUAGAGCUAAGGGACUGGACUGCCCUGGUUCUGACCUGGAGAACAUCUUGAUGUUGCAGAUACUGGAAGAAAAGGGGGUGACAUUUUACAUGAAUGACAGUGUGACAGAGAUCAGAGGGGAAAACAAGAAGGUGAAAGAGAUAGUCCUGAAAAGUGGCACAGUUAUCCCUGCUGAUGUUCUCAUAGUGGGCAUUGGUGUCACUCCAAACGCUGAGUGUCUGCAGGGGAGUAACAUUACCAUGGAUGGGAAGAAUUUUGUACUUGUGGACAAGUAUAUGAGGACAAACAUAAUGGACGUCUUCUGUGCAGGAGACCUGACAACCUUCCCUCUGAAAAUGGCCAAAGAUCAGAGAGUAAACAUAGGCCACUGGCAGCUAGCACAGGCACAUGGAAGGGUGGCUGCCCUGAACAUGCUGCAUAAAGAGGUUGAGUUGAACUCUGUGCCUUUCUACUGGACCGUCCUCCUGGGCAUGACCAUCCGUUACACAGGUUUUGGGGAAGGCUACACUGAUCUAGUUGUAAAAGGAAAAGUUGAGGAUAUGAAAUUCCUUGCAUUAUAUAUCAAGGAGGACAGAGUGGUGGCCGCUGCAGGGCUGAACUUUGACCCUGCGGUGUCUGUGGUUGCAGAGAGGUUAGCCAUUGACAACUUCAUUUCGAAGGCAGAAGCUGAAUCCGAUGAUCUCACCUGGUUGAACCUGCCUGACCUAAACCUGUCGUGACACCAGCCUGGAAUGUUCUUCCUUCUGACCUCCCAGUCUCAUCCAGAUCCUCUAAUCAUAUACUCUUGUCUUUCUGUUUAGAAGUUUGUGUCCCGAGACACACUCUGUCCCUUUCAGAGAUUUUCGAGCAAUUGUAUUUAGCUUAAGUUGUGCAAAAAAAGGCAAACACUCUUGUUACAUGCUGUCUAUCUGUCUGACCAAUAGAACGUAGAUAAGAUGGAUGACAUAUGCAUGGCAAUAGAGUGACUGUUUUCAGGGAGACAAAGCAACAGUGAAUAACCCUGGUGGCUUGUGCUGCUGCCCUUGUAAACCAAAAUGCCCAAACAGAACACAAGAGGGGAUUAGGUGAACAGUGGCCUAUGGGUUACAUCAAUGAGGAAGGGGUGCAGAAUUUGGCAACGAUGACAAAAAGGGCAACACACAAUAGGACUGGACGAGCACAGCACAAAAGGCUAAAAUGAAACAAGCGGGGCCCUUUACAUCAAAACUGCUGUGCUGCCUCUCUUUUUCUCUCUUUCUCUGUCCCUCCCUCUUAUACACACAUGCACACCAAUUUUAUAGCUUUCUGUCUGUGAGUGUCACUCCGUGACCACAUGCCAGUGCAUGUCGGUUUGAUGUUGUCUUACACAAGGAAAUGUCAGUCCUCUGCAUUCAGUGACUGAUUCAGGAUCAACUCCAUACCUCAGUCUUGUGUCAGUCUCUAUACCUUGUGAGUAUCAGCAUGACUCAGCAGAAUCCAACCCUGUUGUUUUGUAUUUUCUUUUUCUUUUUUUUUUAAGACAAUAGAUGCUCGGAUCUGUCCACAUCAUUGCCACUACUUUUGCGUGGGAGGGGGGCAUUGUGGGUGCUGGAGCACCCCAUCAAAUUACUGAUUGUCUGUAGAUUCUCAGCAUUUUAGUUACCCUUAAAAACAGCGUAAUAAAACUGGCAUUUGUGUCUACAAGACAUUUUGUGUGUGUCCACAAAGGGCAGAAUUUCAUUAGAAUUGUGACAAGCUGGUAUUUUGUCAAAGCAGUGCUCUAUGUGAUUUUAGCACUGUUUGCUAACUUCUGCCAUACUGUAUAUAGUUUAGCCACAAUAGGACUUCACCCCCUCCCCUCUGCACAAAGUAUAUGCAAAACAA